AUGGAGUCGCUGGGGGCCGCGGGGGGGUUCCUGCUGGCCCUCGUCCUGGCCCUCUUCCUCCUGGCCUUCGGCCUGUACUGCUGCUACGUGAAGCAUAUCCACGCCAAGUACGACCACAUCCCCGGCGCCCCGCGGGAGAGCUUUUUAUUUGGCCAUCUGCCGAUCUUGUGGAGAAUGCUGAGGAAACAGGAAUUUAUGCACGAUCUCUUCUUGCAGUGGGCAGAGAAAUAUGGACCUAUUGUACGGCUUAAUGCCUUUCACAGAGUCUCAGUAAUGAUUCUGAGUCCUGAAGGAGUGAAGGAGUUCUUGAUGUCACCACAGUAUCCAAAGGAUCGGCUGGUAUAUGGUCGUAUCUUCAACAUAUUUGGUGAGAGGUUUCUAGGGAAUGGCUUGGUAACUGUUUGCAACCAUGAGCAUUGGCACAAGCAGCGGAAGAUAAUGGAUCCAGCUUUCAGCCGAACCUACCUGAUUGGUCUGAUGGGAACUUUCAAUGAAAAAGCAGAGGAGCUGAUGGAGAAGCUAGAGGAAAAGGCAGAUGGAAAAAAAGAGUUUAGCAUGCUGACGAUGAUGAACCGGGUGACUAUGGAUAUCAUUGCAAAGGUAGCCUUUGGCUUGGAAUUAAACGCACUGAGCGAUGACCAGACACCGUUCCCACAUGCUGUGACUGUGGUUUUGGAGGGAAUGACCAAGACGCGCAUCCCUCUCAUGCAGUACAUGCCAGGGAAACAGAAGCUGGUAAAGGAGGUCAAGGAGAGUGUGAGGCUGCUGCGGCGUGUGGGGAAAGAGUGCAUUGACCAGAGGAGAGAGGCCAUCCAGAAUGGGAAGGAAGCCACGCUGGAUAUUCUUACGCAGAUACUGAAAGGAGAUGCUCUGGAGGAAACUAGAGAUGAUGAAAACAUUCUGGAUAACUUUAUCACUUUCUUUGUUGCGGGUCAUGAAACCACUGCCAAUCAGUUGUCAUUUACAGUAAUGGCACUGGCUCAGCAUCCUGAAAUACUGGAAAGGCUUCAGGCCGAAGUGGAUGAAGUUCUUGGUGCCAAGAGAGACAUUGACUAUGAGGAUCUUGGCAAACUCACCUACUUAUCGCAGGUUUUGAAGGAAUCGCUGCGGCUGUACCCGCCCCUCCCGGGGACGGUACGCUGGAUGGAGAAGGAGCACGUCAUCAAUGGCAUCAGAAUUCCUGCAAACACAACACUCGUUUUCAGCACUUAUAUAAUGGGAAGGAUGGAAAGGUAUUUCAAGGAUCCACUAACUUUCAAUCCAGACCGAUUUAACAAAGAUGCACCUAAGCCGUAUUACUGCUAUUUUCCAUUCUCUCUGGGACCCCGAUCCUGCAUCGGGCAGGUGUUUGCACAGAUGGAGGCGAAAGUCGUGAUGGCAAAACUGCUGCAGAGGUUUGAAUUCCAGCUGGUACCAGGGCAGAGUUUUAAACUCUUGGAUGCUGGAACCUUUAGGCCACUAGAUGGAGUAAGGUGUAAAUUAAAGCCAAGGAGCUCUGCAAGAGGCUGCCAGGCGUGACUACUCAGGAAAGGAGCAUGACAUGGUAGUGGUAGCGUUUCUUCUGAUUUUGAAGAUCUUCACGCUAAUGAAAAGUUAGAUUUUGCAGGCCCCUUUAGAGGAUUACAAGACUGAAAUUUUUCCUAGCCUUCCUCAUCGUUUACUGAAGAAAACCUUAGGAGAGUCACUCUAGAUAUGUUUGAGCAUCUUUGAUCUGGAAGCGUACCUGCAAAGCCUGUUGUUUUCCUGGGGGACUGUUUGGUUCUGACCAGACUUGGAAAAGAACGUCCUUUCACUGGAAUAUCCCUGGAGCUCCACACAAACCUAAACUCAAAUCCCAGCUGAUAGUUUCCACUAACUUGACUUAGAAGAAAACACGGUCUAAGUAAGCCCUUGUUUGGGGAAUUUCGUAGUAGAGCUCAAGAUUUGGGCUGAACUUGGGAAAAGAAGUUUAGAGCUAUUUGCUUUGUCAAAGCAAUUUUCCCAUCCUUCCUCUAAAUGAGAAGAAUGAUUGAUAGGAGCAACCUGAAACAAAAAUCAGAGACUGUGGCCACUACUUUUCCCUGUUGCUUCUGCCUCAUUUUUCUUCAGUCUCUCCUACUUUUCUUCCAGUAUUUUUCAGAGUGUAUAUUCCCAAUCCAUGCUGUAGAAAAGAGCUCUCCUGCUUCCUCCUACCACUCCUCACAGCCUGUGCUCAUUCUCCUGAGAUGCUGUUCUUUUGGGGGGGGUCUUGCUGGGUUCCUUUUCCCCAUCUGGCUCAUCACAAAGCUACAGGAACACUUGGACCAGAUGGUCUAGUAGGUACAGCAGGGUUGGAAGUAAGUGCCUGGAACCACAUGCUGCUUAAAAUGGUAUUGCCGCUGAACAAAGGCCUGUGCAACUUGAGCCAGAAGCAGGAGAAGGUCCUGCACCCCCUUUUUCUGCAGCUGUGCCAAAAUUGCUUGCUGCAUGCAGGCUUGCUGCCUGGCUCUGCUAGGGAAAAAAUGAUCAUGUGAAAAUGCCACCUUCUACAAAUAUGUGGAUACUUAAUAUGAGUUUGGGCCCUGAAAUAGCAGGAAUUCAAGACAUUUGCUGCUGCUACUGUUAUUUCUUACAUUUUGAAUUAAAAUGGCAAGAACCUGGUCUAUACACUGUCAAAUUCCAGUGGUGGUUUCCACACUAGGAGCGUAACGUCCCAGAGCUUUCCCUGGUUCUGCUACUGUUGUGCACCAUCUCACUCAGUGCAGCAGUGGGAUAACAGGCCAAUGAGGUUGAUGUGGUUUUUGAUAACAUAAGCAACGUUAUACAGUGUAUUACUAUGACUUAUACCCAGAGGUACCAAUACUUGUAUUGCUAGGGAAGGUUUAGUCCAUCUAUUGGUAGACCAGCUCUUCAAUCCCUUGUCCUGGAGAUCUGCUUAUAUCCUCGCAGACAUUAAUAAAAUCUGAUUGGGAAACUGAGGACUCUCGAGCUGGUCGUGUGU